AUGACGGAACUUUUAGGCAAAUGUCCACACUACGUUCGACGUUGCCAUGUAUUAGCCGAGUGUUGCAAGAUAUGGGUGAGCUGUCGAUUAUGUCAUGACGAAGCUUUUGGAGAACAGCAUCGGAUUGACCGCUUUAUCAUAAAACAAAUGCGCUGUGACUUGUGUUUAACUGAACAAUUAUGUGCUCAAAAGUGCAUUAAUUGUCACGAAAUGAUGGCCGCGUAUUUUUGUGCCGUGUGUAAUUUAUUCGACGGUAAAGGGAUAGAGAAGAAAGUUUUCCACUGUGAGGAAUGCGGUAUCUGCCGUGUCGGAGGUCGGGAGAACUAUUACCAUUGUAUUAAAUGUUGUGGGUGUUAUCCACACUCACUCGAGAACAAACACAAGUGUCUGGAAGGAUCGAUGCAUCGUGAAUGUCCCAUUUGUCUUGAUGUGACUUUUGAUUCGUUAGAGAAAAUAAAUGUGCUACCAUGUGGUCACGUCUUGCACUCGAGCUGCUUUAAAACAUACGUCAAGCAUCACAACAUUGUAUGUCCAACCUGUCGGAGCCCAUUUGUAAAUGAGGACGAAAUCAAUGAAGAAGAUGCUGUAGGUGAAGACAAUAGUGAAGAAGGUGAGAGUAAUGAUGGCGAUGAUAAUCGCAGCAGUGAAGAUGACGAAGAAGAUCAAGAGGUUGUUAUCAUCCAUGACGCAGAGUCAGGAGACGACAGUGACCUGGAAAUGAAUGCAGAGCACGAUGCAGAACGCAAUGUGUGGCCUGGACCUUACCGACAGUAG